AGUUCGUAAAAUCCGAUCUCAGAGUUAAAAUGGAGGAGCUUGGCAUGGGGAAAGAAUGAGAAAUGCUAGAUAGAUUUUUGGAGGCGUUUCAUGGUGCAUUGACUGAAAAAGGAAAAAAGAAGCAAGAUGCCAUUUAAUGUUUUCCAACGGACACUGCGCGUUGUUUGUCUAGAGAGUCCAGCCACAAAGGUCCUUGUGCAGUCCUGCCUUUUUAGAAGAAACCCCCUUACUGAGGGUUUGGCUUCCAAUAAACAUAGCGUGCACACGUCAGCAUGUCUGGCUGGUAGAUACUCUGGCCGCAGGCUGGCGGAGAGGCCAGAGGAGUACACCACCAAGCCUCUCCGCCUGGUGAGCACUGGAGGCUGGGAUGAGGAAGGAAACCAUUACUCAAGACGGCUGGGUGGGGGUAACAGAAGAAAAUACCGCAUGAUUGAUUGGAACAGAGCUCGUCUCGUACAGGGAAAGACACCGUAUAAAGAAGUUGUUGUUUCUCUGGAUCGCGAUUGCAACCGCAGUGCUACAAUUGCCUUGGUGGCUGCAGGGGAGGUGAAACGCUACAUCCUGGCCACGGUCAAUAUGAAACCUGGUGACAUUAUCACCACCUUUCCUGCUUGUCAUGAGAUGAAGACUUACACAGUGGCAGGUAAAGAAGGGGACUGUCACUCUGUGGGCUCCCUCCCCCUGGGGACCCUGGUGAACUCCGUGGAGGUGUACCCUGGUACCGGGGCCCGCUUGGCCAAGUCUGCCGGCUGUCAGGCCAAGGUGGCCCGGAGGGUGCCGGGGGCCGUCUUGGUGGCCAUGCCCUCGGGGAAAGAGGCCAUGCUGCACCCUGGAUGCAUGGCCACAGUUGGACAGAUCGCUAACCCGGACCACUCCAAGCUAAAGUUGACAAAGGCCGGCGUAAACCGGUGGUUUGGGAUUAGGCCCAAGAGUGGUUUGAAAAAGAAAAAGACUGGGUUCGAUGGGAAGGCGGUAAGGAAGAAGAAAAUUCAGCAGAAAAUGGCGGGAAACCCUCUUUUGCGUAAUCAAAUGAACCCAAAUCUCAAAGUUCUUACCUGGAAUGAAGGGACGAGAUUGUGGCGAGAUGAUAGUCAUGUUUGAGUCCAGAGUAUAUAGAAAAGAAAUAAAAAUCAGAUUUAAACUUA